GCGAUGCUGCCCAUCAACGCCACAUCUGGGGAGGCCACACUGCGCCAGGCCAUGAAGGUCACGACGGCUGUCGCCUUCGGCUUCAUUUUCUUGGCCGGGGCGGCCGGGAACGGGGCAGUGCUGUGGGUCACAGGCUGGAAGCUGCGCUGGACCCCCAACACCGUGUGGUUCUUCAACCUGGCUGUGGCCGACGUGGCCUCCACCUCUCUGAUCCUGGUUACCGUCCUGUACCUGGCCCUGGAUCUGGACUGGCCCUUCGGCUCCGUGGCCUGCAAGUUGGCCAACUGCCUCUUCGGCUUGAGCCUCUGCAGUGGGGUCCUGCUGCUCAGCGCCAUCAGCGUGGACCGGUGUGUGGUAGUGGUGGCCCCCGUCUGGUGCCGCAAUCACCGCACACCGCGGCUCAGCUGGGUGGCCUGCGCCGCUAUCUGGGCCCUGUCGCUGGCCACCUUCGUGCCCAGCUCCUUCCUCUUCUCCGAGCUCUCCUUCGAGAGGAACCGGAGCUCCUGCAGCAACCUGGAUGUCUUCCAAGAUUGGAGGCGCCAAGAGGCCGAGAUAUUGACCGUGUUCAUCUUCCUCUCUCAGUUCCUCCUGCCCUUGGUGGUCAUCUCCGUGUCCUACUCCAUCCUGGUGGUGGCCAUGAGGCGAAAGAGGCUGGCCAAGUCCACCAGGAUCUCCACAGCCCAAAUGCCCAGCGCCGUCCGCCUGGUGGCCAUCCCCCUCUCCAAGUGCCUGGCCAUGUUCAACAGCUGCAUCAACCCCCUGCUCUACGUCUUUGCUGGGAGGGAGUUCCAGGACGCCGUGCGGAGGCCGCUGGUGCAGGCCUUCAAGGCAGCCUUCGAGGAGGCACCACCAACUCACGUCUGA